CCUUGUCAACAUCUAAAUCUCGUGCGAAUUAACCUCUUCGCGCUGCUGAACAUUUUCGUUACCUCUUAUCAAGUCUUUUUUUUUUUUUUUUCUUUCAUUCGAGUCCUUGCGAUUCGCAUACCUCGUUUCGCCAAUCUACUCAGCGCUCCUCCCUACUCCUACUCCACUACGUUUAGUAGAAUCUGAUAGUAUUCAGCAUUUCUAUUAUGGCAUAUAAUCCUUACGGAGGAGUGCCCGGCUUCGGCCCGCCUCCGACGUACGGUGCGUAUCCUGGAGCUGGCGGUGCUCCAGGUGUCCCGUCUGCUCCUGGUCUAGGACCUCCUCCAGGCAUGUCUGCCCCAGGAACGGCGCCACCACCUGGCGUUCAGCAGCACAACAUCAAUCAAGCUAAUCGACCUAGCGGUCUGCCAUCAAACUUCCAAGCUCCUCCGAACAUGCCCAACAUAAACUUCAACGCCCCCGUCAUUCGUCUCGGCACCUCGACGAAGCCUCCUACCCCAGGAAUCCCUGGUCGCAAAGAUAGCGAGACCCCUAGUUCUGCUGGUCCCAGAGCGGGAGUAGGGAUGGAACGUGGUCUAGAUCAAACACGACAGGCUAUACGUGAGAACAUGCAAGCGUUAGUGCCGCCUACCAGAGAAGAAAUUGUGCGGACUAUCUUCGUAAGUGGCAUUACGGAUGGUAUUAGUGGUAAUGAGGGCAUCGAGAAAAUACUCGGUGCCGCGGGCAAAGUGCGCCGUUGGGAUAGAGCUGUCGAUGCUGGCGGGAAAGAAAUGACGUUUGGCUUUGCCCAGUUCGAAGACGCCGAGUCCCUCUGGCUUGCCUCCGAAAUCUUGAAAGAUAUCGAAGUGCCCGUGAAGAAACAAGUACCCUCGGACGAGCCCGCGAGCGAUGACGACACCUACGCGAAUUUCGAAAAAGCAGUUCUUCAAAUCAAGCUAGAUGAGAAUUCGACGAAAUACCUCGAGGCCUAUAAGGAGAGUAGACCUGAUGAUGCCGGAGCAGAGGCAAGACGAGAAGCUGCUAGAGGUGCGUUGAAGCAGAUCAUAAAAACUCUCUUUUAUCCUCCUUCGCAAUCUAGUGCAGACGCAGAUGGGGACGUUCCCAUGGGUGACAGUUCAGCUCAGAACGGCGAGAGCGUUGAGGUGGUUAAUAUCCCCUUGGCACAGGAGGACGAAUUAGCCGAUAUCCCUGCUGAGAUGCGCGAGACCGUUGCUGCCGAAAUAGCCGCUUUCAGAGAACGCAGCAUCAAGCGGGAUAUGGAACGCCUAAAGAGAGAGGAGGAACUUGAGGCGAUGGAGCGUCAAAGGAACGGCGCAUCUAGGCCCUCUAGAUUAGCAUCUCCUCCGCCUUCCAGUUCGAAUACUAUUCCUCUCGGACCUCGCGGUGUGCCAAAUGCGCCAUCCGGCCCAAAGGGACAGAAGUCUGAUAUGGGCAAAGAUUACAACAGGUCAAUAAAUUUUAUUAAUGGCGGAACGACGAAUGGUGGUUUAUCUUACAAUAGGGAUGAUGAGGAUGACUCAGCUAGCGAUGAGGAGCUAGAGCGCCGUCGUAUCGCCAAGCAGAAUGCAGAGACUGAGAAGCUUUAUCUGGACGCUGAACGCCGAUGGUUAAAUAGGGAGAAAUCUCGCACAGCUGCCUUGGAACGAGAGAAGGAGCGUGACGAGUCAGACGCAAAAGAUUUUGUCAAGAAUAAAGAGAAAGUACUCCAACGGCUCAAGCAUUUCGAUGACGAUGCGGAAGCAUCUCGAAAGUCUGAGGAAUAUUACAAGGAUCGAAGCGCUUGGAUUAGGAAUCGCACUGCAUUUAGGGCUAGGGAAAUAGCAGCUGACGAUACGGAUCGACAAGCUGAAGAGCAAGAACGCGUCAAGGAAGAGGCAGAGCGCGAGCAGGCUAGAGGUAUGGCCGACUCGUUCCUUGAAAGGCAAGCUCAGGAGAUGGAGCAGCGGCAAACCAAUAGGGUUGGAAUUGCCGCGCCCCAACCAUUUAAGCUGUCACUUGGUGCAGCUGCUCAGAAGGCACAAGCACAACGUGCCGCGCCACAGAGGAAGACCAUUGCCGAGGUUGAAGGUCUUCUCGAGGACGAAGACGAGGAUGCGAGUUCGAGGCGGCAACUUAUACCUAUCCAGUUCGAGCCCGCGGCCGCUGCGGCUAUGUCGGAUGAAGAACGUGACCAGGCCGUUCGUGCGUUGGCGCAAGAAAUUCCCAACGAAAAGGAAGGACUCUGGGAGUGGGAUGUCAAGUGGGAUUACUUGGACGAGAGUGUUAUUCGCGAAAAGCUCAGGCCUUUCGUCGAAAAGAAAUUGGUGGAGUAUCUUGGCGUCCAGGAGCAACUUCUUAUUGAAGUUGUGGAAGAGCAUCUUCGGAAGCACGCGAAACCUAGAGAGCUAGUAGAGGAACUGGCAGAGGCCUUGGAUGACGAAGCCGAAGCUCUAGUUAAGAAACUUUGGAGGAUGGUUAUUUUCUUCACGGAGAGUGAAAAACGCGGGCUUUCUGCAUAGAUGAGAGGUAACUCUUAUCUCUCGUAUUUUUAUUUAUUGGUCGUUUUCUGUGAUACACUCUACUUCGGUAGUAACUGUACAAUGGAAAAUUUAAAAGUUGGUCUUGCAAUAGUUAAUAAUUCAACUCAUAGUUUCAGAUAUCUUACGUAUGGGGAGGGAGCAUAAGGGAAGGAGUGGAAUGCCCUUCGGAUAUCCGGUUGGUGGGAAUGAGCCGUAGUUUUCAGACGGGCAUCUCAGCUUUCAUGAUGAAAGUGAUAAAAAACAAAAAGAAAUAGGGACUCUAUGGAUAGAUAACAAGAGCUAUUCUAGUAAUACAGAGUAUAAUGGAGCUAUGCGGCUACGCGUUUUUGUAGUACCAAUUAUAUUUUGGUGGUUGAAUCCUACCUGUAAUGUUCCUAUACGAUAACCCCUAUUGUGGAGUGAAAUAACUUGGAUACGUCUUUGAUACAUGAUACCUGUAGGAGGUACCUAA